GCUCUGCCGCCGCCGCCGCCACGGCGGCGUCGAAGCUAGCGCUGCUACAGUUACUGCCGGUGAUGGCGGCGGCGGACCCCGCCGCGGCGCCGUACUCGCUACGGGUGCUACAGCCCAUGCUGGCUUCGGAGGAUGCUCCGGAGGUGCUGCGCUGUGUGGGGCUGAAGCUGCUGUGCGACACUUGGCUGAUGAGCGGCCGCGGCUGGCCUCAUGUGGAGGCGGCUCUCAACGGGCUGGUGCGACCCAUGGGUCGCGAGCCGCCCCCCUCGCUGCGGGUCACCCGGGCGGCGCUGCUGAGGGC